UACUGUAGCAAUCAAAAUACUGUAUUCAUAAUCUCUCUCUGAAAGCAUCAGCAAGUAACAGAGGAAGGGAGGAACCUGAAAAAUUAGCAAUCAGUCAAAACUCUCUCUCUCUCAUCUUAUGGAGCUUCAAUUAUCUCGUCAAUGACGGCCUCUGAGACCGUCAAUGUAUCAUCUUCUAGACAAGCUUGCGGAAAUGUACUUGCUGUUUUCAUCCUCAUAUUGAUCGGAGUUCUCGCUUUCUCGAUCCGUCUCUUCUCUGUCAUCAAGUACGAGAGCGUCAUUCAUGGAUUCGAUCCGUAUUUUAAUUAUCGAGUUACUCAGGUACUAGUGGUUCAAGAGAAGAAUGGAACGUUAAGAGGAAAGGGAGUGUGGAAGUUCCCUACCGGAACGAUCAACGAGGGUGAGGACAUUUGUGCUGCGGCUGUGCGAGAAGUUAAAGAAGAAACUGGCAUUGAAACUAAAUUUGUGGAAAUGCUGACAUUCGGAGAACACCACAUGGCAUUUUUCGAAAAGUCGGAUCUUUUCUUUGUAUUUUUGCUGCAACCCUUGUCCUUCAACAUCCAAGUUCAGGAAUCAGAAAUUGGGGCAGCUCAGGUGCCAUGUGCCAUGUGCCAUGGAGGUACUAUUGUGAUGGAAUCUCCUUCGACAUAUCUUUUUGUUUUGCAGUUUAUCAGCACAUGAUAACUUUGGCUCGAAACCAGUCGGAAUUGUUAUCAAAUGAUUGUAGAAAUAUUAGUUCACUUGAGCAUUUUCAAUGAGUUCACUUUUGAUCCUUUUAUUUACAUGUGUUUAGAUGAAUAAAUUGUUUUAGUAUAUGUUGUUGCACUAUCUCAAGUAAACAUUAUGUGAAUAUGAUUUUGUUAAAAUUUUAGUAAAACAGUAUAAUAAUAUUUUUUCCCUUGGUAUUA